CUAGGUGUCAAAGAAACUGGCAAAAGAAUUUUUGAUAUCAAAAGAGAGAUUACUGUUUUGAAAUUAUCAGAGGAUAAUUUUGAUGAUUCGGAUUCACCUAACGAAUCCGAUGAAUCAGAUUAUCCUGAUGAUAGUUUCGAAGCAUCGAAUAAUAAUUCAAGUGCAUCUAAAAAUAUGCAUUAUCUCUCGGCUAAUGAGUUAUCAAUGCCGUUAGCCAAAAGAACAAAGGCAUAA